CUGAAAACACCUACAAAACCUAAUCUUCUGUCAAACUUGAGAUAAUUUUCUCAAUUUCAUUAAUUUUAAUUCCAUUAAAAACAUAAUUUACGUAAAUUGGAAAAUCAUUUAAAUAAAAGAAUAAAAUACCUCAAAUCACGGUUAACAAAAUGAACCGUGAAAUAGUUUCGCACAUACUCGACGUGCUCAAGAAUUCCACAGACAAAAAUGUCAUUCUAAAGGGUUUGGUCAAGCUCCGGACGGAUUUGGUCAAAGACCGUGACGGCAUAGUAAUGUUCCAUCAGUGUAGUGGUAUUCCACCAAUGGUGCGAUUCCUAAACAAACCCCACGAGCAGAUUCUGGAAGUUGUAUUAAGCAUUCUGGGGAAUUGCUGCACAAAUGUCGACUGCUGCAAUGAGGCUUUGGACAAUAAAGUUGCUAUACCUUUGGCAACGAUUCUCAAGAGCAUCCCGAAUGCUCUGAUCCAGUGCAGGGCUUGUAGGCUCUUGGGAAACCUUGCCAAAGUAGACAACUCCAAGUUACUCUCCACGCAUUGUCCAGCAAUAGCUUCAGCAGUCUGCCAAAUAAUAGAAGAGAGCGAUGAUGUGCAAACACAGAUUAUGUGCUUCAGAGCAUGCCGAUUCCUUGUGGCUGAAGAGCAGUUCUUGAGGCACUUCUUGGCGUCGGAUGGGUUCACUCUGGUUAUGAAGACCCUAGUGGGAGUGAUGAAGAACAAGGAGAUUCCCGAACCUCUGCCAGAGUUGCCUCAGAAGGUUGGUGGUCUGAAGAAGAACCAACAUCGAGAGAAGUAUUUCGAGGAAGUGGCACGCAACUUGGAAGGCCCUCGAAGCGACAUAUUCGACAUGGCCAAUCUGAAGAACUCGAAGACUUGUACGGAUUACAUUAUGCCCACGGAAAAGUCGAAUAUCGAUUUGGCCAGUGAGAUUCUCAAGUGUCUCCUCAUCAUCUCGGAGAUCAAUUUGAAUUUUCAAGCUUGGGAGGGUGUCAAUAGAAGCAAUUUUCUUGCCGCUGUGGUGUUCUUUGCCUCCGACGAUAAUCCCUAUCGAGCGACAGCUCUUAAGAUCCUAUCGAAUUUCUCUAAGAAUCCAAGUGCUAUUCACGCCUUGGGUACUGCCGACGCUAUUGUUUCGGCAUGUGAGCUUCUUAUAUACCGGAAUUUGCCCAAACCUCUAUCUGAGAGUGAAAUCAGACAUUGCAUCAAUGUGAUUUGUAUGCUGUCGGGAGAUGCUUGCAAUCGAUCGAAAAUCCGCCGAUCAGGAGCCAUUGGUAAACUCUUGGACAUCGCAAGGACUUCCAAAUCACAUACAGAGAUUUCGUCGAUACUAUAUGUGCUCAAUAACUUUCAAUAUGACAACAUAAGCAUGGAUUUAAUGCUACGUGAAGGCUUGAUUGGUAUUUUGAUUACCGAACUUGACGCUUAUCUGCAUAGUGACGAUGAUUAUCGCAAAAGAAAACGGGAGGAGAAAAAAAACACCUCAAAGAAACGCAAAUUACCGGAAAAUUCUGUAGAAUCUGUGUGUAAGACCCAAAAACUUCGUGACGAAUCGAAUUACGACUACGAAUCACCAUGUAGCUCACCUCGUUCUAUUGUGUCUCCAUCGAGUCCUUGUAGCUCGAGAGGGAUGUCACCCAUAGGAGGUGGUUUUAAAGUAAACUCAGAAAUGGAUUCCGAAUCAGAAACAUACUCACCCGUGUGUAGCGAUGAUGAGGGCAUCGAUGACGAUGACAACAUAAAGACUGAUCCACAUGAUUCUGAUAUAAUGAAACUAUUGGACAUAGCUUGUAAGUCGGAAAAUAAUUUAGAGGAUAACGCACUAGACAAAGAAGACGAUGAAGAUGAAAGCCAAGAUGUGCCACCACUUAAAUUGCCAAAACUAGGAAACAGCACAAUAGAUAUAAUUGAGAAUCUUAUAUACCGAGUGACGCUAUUAGUUAAUAAGGGAGCUGAACUGAGCAAGCCAGAGACGCUGUACACCCUCAUAGAAGCUAUCAACACCUUCGGACUCAAUAAUUGUUUUUGCGGAUCACUAACGAAUAUUCUGUCUGAAAGUCAGUUCUUUGCGCAAGUAAUCAAACUAGGUGUGGCUAACCAGCUCUUCCAAAUGACAAAAGUCGAUGAACUUAAAACAGGAGGAAUUGGUUUCCUUGAAACUCUCACAAAUGUUGGAGAAACACACUAUGGCAAGGGUGAACUGGCCCGUUUGCUACGCUCCGACGACGCCAGCCAAAAAAGGGCUUCCAUAGCAGUUGGAUUCAUUAUAAAAAACCAUCGAAUUCUCUACCAUCUACUCACCGAGUGCAGUGUGCUCUUUACUCUCAUCAACAUGAUCCUCACUGAAGACAGCGAAUUCACCACCGAAGCUGUUGAGGCUCUCACCGCCAUGAGCCAAUCUACCCUCGACAUCGCCAUACCUGACAGUGACAAGGAAUCUUUCGAUUGUGAUCAAAUCUUUAACGAUCAGAAUACAUCUGCAGAAUCGUACGACUGUGAUAUGAAAUUCAUCGUCCACGACAACGACGAAGAGAUUUCUGUGAGCUUCAACAAAAAGCUCCUCUCAGAUGUGAGUGAAGUAUUCAACUCCAUGUUAAAUAGUGACUUCCGCGAAGGCAAUGAGGGCGAAAUUCAUUUAAAAGCCUAUUCUGCCAGUGGUCUGCGAUAUUUCCUCAAUCUCAUCGAACUUCGUUCCCAAAAUAAGCCACCUAACAUUCCACCUGUAGAAAAGUACAAAUCAGUUAUCGAAGCAUUUGAGCUAUCUCGAGUGUACAUUAUACCCCAGCUAGAGAAGGUCAUAUUUAAUGUUAUGGUUUUUCUAUUGGACGAAACAAAUUGCCAAAGUGUACUUGAGUGGUCAAUGAAGAACUACCACGCCGAACUCACCGAAAUUGCCAUAAACUAUUACUUGUGCUCAAACAUUGACGCGCACAACAAAAUUAAGUUAUUUAGGAAAGCUGACUUUUCCAUGUACUCGAAUGAAUGGAACCAAAUGAUUACGGAUGCGGUUCUGGUACGGUGCAAGGAUACUCCUUAUUAUGAUUUAGCAAUGCAGUAAAUAGUUCAGAAAAUAAAUAUUUAUGUUUUUGUAUUUAAAAAAAGAGAGUGUUAGUCAUCAUCCCAUUGUG